AUGGAUUGUUUGGUUCCCGAGAUACUUGAGAAAAUAUUUAAGUAUAUUUAUGCUCCAAAUGAAGAUCGUUUUUAUACGGAAGAUCGAGCCCGCCUUCAUUCGUGCUUAUUAGUAAAUAGAUAUUGGUGUAAAGUAUCUGCCCCAAUCCUUUGGAAAUGGGCAUUAAAUGAUUACGGAAGUAUAUACGAACGACAAGCCAAGAUUAACACGCUACUCAAAUGUUGCGAUGAGAAUUCCCGUCUUUAUUUGAUUGCCAAUGGCAUAGAAAUACCCUUCUCCCUUCAGGAAGUACCUAUCUUUCAAUACGCUUCGUUCAUUGAGAUUUUGGAUUACGGUAAAUUAGUCAAUUCAAUUAGCGAGUGGUUAGAAACAUUACCACGAUUACCUGCGGAAAGUUUAACCUUGGUUCUAAGAGCAACGUUGAAAUUAUUGGUUAAAGAAUCUAAAAUAACCAGUUUUCAAGCCUGGCCUUUGAGAUUUCCUACCGAUUUGAUUCAUUUAAUAUUGGUUGAAGAGGGGAUUGAAAAUUUAUUUUUAAAUGUUAGAAACUUGCUCAUCAACACUCACGUUAGGUUGGAUAGAUGGUUAUCGGCUCCGGUAAAGAUUUGCAGAAAAAUUGAAACGUUGACCAUAAGCUUACCGGGACAGUCAAAUUCAUAUUUCGGUUCAAAGUCAUCCGCGGAUCCUUCACCGUAUUACUUUAAGGAAUCCGCUCAAAUGUCUUCGCUCAUCCAACAUCAAAAAUCACUUCAAAAGCUUAAAAUCAAUGAGGGUUUUGGAUUCUCCGUUAUAAUCAAUACGUCAUUGUCAUCCGUAAAAGAUUCCCUUACGAACCUUUCAUUUAAAUCCGUGGAUUUUGGUGGAAGUGAUCCAUGGUAUGGGAUAUGCACUCUGUAUAUGUUGGAGGUGUUUAAAUGUAAGAAUUGUAAAGGGUUGACCGUGGAAAUGAUAGAACCUCUGAUAAAAUGUACCAAUGGAGAAUUUAGGAGGGUCAAAAAGAUGGUUUUGGAUUGGAAUACCAGUAAAGAAGCGCAUGACUUGUUAAAUUAUUGGUACUCGAAAUUGAUUGCAACAUCAAUUACGUAUGAGGCCAUCCAUGCAAAAGAAGAAGUAGAGGCCAAAAAGCUUGUAGAAGAACUAAAAUCUUCACUUGAAAAUAUUUCGGUUGGUAUCGUUGAUUCACCUCCUAAUGAUGAUGAUUCAAAUAAUUCUACUUCCGACGGUGAUGAUUUUUUAACUUCUGACGAUGCUUGUGAUACCUUUGGAAUCAUUCAAGAGACCAAAGAAUUUCUUGACAUUGUUGACUUUAAUGACGUAUCUGACGUAUCAACAGCAGUAGAACAGGGCAAAGAUGAAGAUGGGAACUUUGAGGUUAAAAUGACGGACAAGGAAGAUGAAAUAGGAAAAUCAAACAUUAAAGAUGAUAUCAACAAGGUCGCUUGUUUAAAUGUGAUUGGAAAACACAAUGAAAUAAAUAACAUAAACGUUGCAAAAGACACCAAUAAGGUUUUCUGCGCAGAAUUUACCGGUGUUCACAAUGAAAUCGGUAACACUACAAUAACGAAUGACAACAAGUCGUUUUUAUACUCAAAGAUGACUGGGAUACAUAAUGAAAUCGGAAACUAUACAGAAACGAAGGACAACACCUCGAAAUUAUGCUCAAACAUAACUGCGAUACAUAAUAAAGAACGGAACAUUACAGUAACGGGAAACAACAAGUCGACUCUAUGCUCAGAAAUAACUGGGAUGCGCAACGAAUUAUGGAAUGUUACAAAAACGGGAGACAACGAUUCGACUUUAUGUUCAAACAUAUCUGGGAUAAAUACCGAAUUUCAAAACGUUACAGAAUCGGGGGACAGCAAAUCGAAAUUAUGCUCAACCUUCACUUUGAAUCGCAAUGAAAUCGGGAACAUUAAAAAAUCAAAAAACAGCAAGGCGACUUUAUGCUCAGAAACAACUGGAUUAGAUAACGAAAUUGGGAACAUUAAAGAAUCGGGGGACAGCGAGGCGACUCUAUGCUCAAGAGUAACUGGGAUGCACAAUAGGUUUUUGAAUUUGACGAGCUCGGGGGACCAAAAAUCGAAAGGAUGCAUAGAUACGACUUUGAUGAAGAAUGAAUUUUUGAAUUUCGAUAAAACAGGAAAGCAGUCUAGCAAAUUUACUUUUAGCGAAACUGGAACUGGUGUUAGAGCUUUUAACAUGCGCGUGAGCGAUCCAUCAUUUGGCGUUGAUUUUGGUGUUAGUGGACAAGCUUCGUUUUUUAAUGUAGAUAUUGGAACCCGUUUACAGCUUGGUUUAGGUUUUGGCUUUGGUAUCGGGAUACCAUUCCUCGGUUCUGGAGGAGGCGGUGGAGGUGGCGGUGGAGGAGGUGGUGGUGGAGGUGGCGGUGGAGGAGGUGGUGGUGGAGGUGGUGGUGAUGGUGGUGAUGGAGAUGGUGGAAGUGGAGGUAAUUCAAACAAUAGUCCUGAUAAAGGUGGCGAUGAAGGAGGUUAUAAUGGAUACGAUAAUGACAGUCCUUAUGAACAAAACCAAGGUGGUGAAAGGAGCAGCGGAGGUCAUUUUGGAGGAGAUUCCAAUGGAUAUGAUAAUAACAGUCCUUAUGAACGGAAUCAAGGUGGUGAAAGAGGCAGCGGAGGUCAUUUUGGAGGAGAUUCCAAUGGGUACGAUAAUAACAUUCCUUAUGGACGGAAUCAAGGUGGUGAAAGUGGCAGCGGAGGUUAUUUUGGAGGAGAUUCCAAUGGGUACGAUAAUAACAUUCCUUAUGGACGGAAUCAAGGUGGUGAAAGUGGCAGUGGAGGUAAUUUUGGAGGAGAUUCCAAUGGGUACGAUAAUAACAUUCCUUAUGGACGGAAUCAAGGUGGUGAAAGAGGCAGUGGAGGUUAUUUUGGAGGAGAUUCCAAUGGAUACGAAAAUAACAGCCUUUAUGAACGAAACCAAGGUGGCAGUGGAAGUCGUUUUUAUAAUGAAUACGAUAAUAACAGUCUUUAUGAACGAAAUAGAGGCGGUUUCAUUGACAAAGAAAAUCAUGAUGCACGAAAUGAAAACGGAUUUAAUGCACAAAAUGAAGGUACUUUAGGAGAUGGUUAUGGUCACUAUUUAAAUGAUGCUAAUGGAAGUGGUUCGAAUAAUAGCAACGGAGGAAAUACUGGAAAUCAAGGUGUUGAGAGCAAUAAUGCUGGCAAUGUGCAAAGCAAUAUACAUUCUUUUUCCAAUAUUCCUCCAUACUCAUAUGGCAUCAAUCAAAGUCCUACACAAAAGAUACAAGUGAGUCAAAAUUUUACCGAGAGUGCUGGGCCGCAAAAUCAUACCGGAUCGCAUGCAAAUAGCGCCACAAAGAGAGAUAACAAAACCAGCACAAACAAAGCAAGCAGUGACGUCACGAAGAAGGCGAAUAACAAGUUCAGCACAAAGCAAGCAAGCAGUGGCGUCACGAAGAGAGGGAAUAUCACAAUCAGCACAAACAAAGCAGGCAGUGGCGUCACGAAGAGAGGGAAUAACACAACCAGCACAAACAAAGCAAGCAGCGUUGACAAUAUUAGUAACGAAAAUACUGAAUCCUCCUUACCUUCUAUUUUUGGCAAUGAAAAUGGAGUUAAAAACUCUCAACAAAAGCAAACACCAUUUGAGCGAGAAUUAGAAAAUACUAUUCGCCAGAGUCCACGUUUACUCACUGCACUCCGUUCCUCAUUAUCUUCUGAUUCUAAUCCUGAUAGCUCCAACUCAACUUCUAAUCAAACCAAUAAAACAUCAGAUUCCAACUCUAAACCUUCCACUAAAGAUAUCGAUAUUCAAGAACGCAUUAAAAUGCGCGUUCGUCAAGCUGAAGAAGCUGCCAAACGAAAAAAGCAAUCCCAAGAAGAGGGUGGGAACUCCACCACCAAUUCUACUUCUGGUGACUCUAAAAGUUCCACUGCAGAUAAUCCAACGUCACAAAAAAAACAAGAUGAUGAGGAUGAGGAUGAUUCGGAAGCCCCCAAACCAUGCAAAAAUCACUCCCCCAGCGUUCGUUGCUUUCGUUGUUUAGUGGGUUCUAAAGGAAAGAAAGUAAAACGAGUCGGUGGAAACGUAUUUGGAUUUGCUUGUUAA